AGUUGUUGCUUAUAAUGCAAUAGGUCCAACUACUAGCUUCGGUUUUUCCCAUUUAAUGCUACGUGUACAUAAAACGUUGCUCUAUGUUCACAUACACACAAAUAUACACACAUAAAUAUAUACAUAUGUGUAGUAAAUAGUAUUUACAAUUCUUGCUGCUUAUAACGGCCCAACUUGACACAUCCUAUAAAUAGGGUGCGUCAGUAACAAUUCAAGCAUUUACAUCGUUUUCAACUAUCAUGGCAAGAUUUGAUUUCCUCUUACUCCUUUGUUCCUUGGGCAUAGUGUUGUUGCCAACACAAGAAGUGUCUGCAAAUUAUCUGACCUCAUUAUGGAAGUCUUUUCUUCAUACCAUUGGGUGGUAUGAGUCGCCAAAAACAAAUAUGGCUGACGCAAAUUCUCACUAUUGUGAUUUUAAUGGAGACACAUGGGAAUGCUGCCUGCCUAUCUAUGUGAAAGAUCUGAACAUUAAUGAUAUGGCUUGUGCUAAACUGUCCUAUUUACCUCAAGACAUAGGAUUUGAAGCAGACGUUCUGUGGAAUGAAAAAACUAUUUACAAAAAAUCUGUUUCAAUGAGGAAUCCACCAGCUCUAUGCGAAGGAUUGCCCUAUUUAGCCAAAGUGGACAUAUGUUUAGUAUUCUACAACAUCGUUUUCAAAGCUGACUCGUUUUCGGCCUGCGUCAAGUUUCGAAUAGACUUUUAUGCAUAUGAAGAUUUUAAAUUAAAAUGCUUUACUGUACCGCUGUCCACCGAGAGUCAAAGCAGUCACCAUCUUUUUAAAAGAGCAUUAUUCACUGAUGUCUCUGAAUGAAAUGUUGGUGCAAAUAUUGUCAAGGUGAAUAAAACACUGGAACACACCACAACGAUCAAUUUCCAAACGAAAUUUCUGUUUUUGUAUUAUGGAAUACUGGAGCAGAAAGAAGUUUGCCUUUAGAAACUUUAUAUUUUGUUUGAUUUCACAUUUUCGCUUCAAACUUCCUGGUAAACAAACGCCACACGCCUCUCAAAAAGAAAACCAAAGCUGAAAAUUAUUAUACAGCAACGCAACACAAAUAAAAAGACGAAGACAGCACAGAAGAGAUAAUGCCACAGAAUGAACACUUUAAACAGAAGGUAGAAGUGAAGUACUUUUAAAUGAAUAUUUAAAUGAGAAAGAAACUAUUUUGAACGAUAACGAUUACGACACUUGCCCAACAGUGACAAUUCUGACAGAUAAUGGAUGAUGCAGCAGUGUUAAUUGAUCUAUAUUGUUCGUGACAGUACAGACGGAGCGUUUAGAUUUGACAAAAUCACAGGAACAAAAAAAAAAGGGAAAGAGAGCUGGAAGAAUUUUGUAAAAGUAAACAAUUUCCUUUUGUCCCUGGAUCCAACUCAAAUGAGGACAAAUAGAGAAAUAGCAUAUCUAUACUUUAGAAAGUAUGGUGGAGCGCUCCAACUCUUCACGAAACGGUAACUGGAAGGAACACUCAAUGAUACAUAUUCCUUCAAUUGAACGAAAACUUAACAUUGUCUGCUACAUAUUUCAUGAUCAGAAAUCCACCCAAAACACAGACUGACAUAUUUAGUCAUACUUCCGCCCAAACACUUAUUUUGGGGGCAGAGAAAUAUAAAUGUGAUGGAAGUAAAAGACAAAACAAAAACAAUCGGGAAAAAAA